AUGCACAUAAGUGACUGUGUGCGCCCGUGCCGCUCAUGGCAAGUCUUGAGACCGAACACCCCCUUAAAAAAGAGAACCAAGAAUAUAUAUACUGCCGACGGAUCCCCCACUUUUACCCCAACCAUCGCCCCCCUAUAUUCGGGUUUCUUCCAGCACUUAUCAGCUAUCCUUCAUUUGAUUGAGAUGGGUGGCGAGUCAAUCAAGAGUACAAAUUCCACCUCAUCGAAAACGAAAAUGCCCAAAUUUUUUGGCGGUUCGAAAGCGAAAUCGCGAAGCAAUACCACAACUAGCCUUCCAGACACCGCCAGCGUAACAUCCACAUCGCUCACUCAGCCGUCAGCCUCAACCACCCAUCUGAGCACUACAUCCGAAGACGCUGUCAAUGGUGUCGUUAGGGAGAUUGUAAUACCCGAGGAAAUUUUGGACCAAACCAGGGUGUCCCCAACGAAUCCAGCGUUGUGUGAAGGGUGGUGAACACGAGAAAGAAGAGGGGAAAGAGAGAGAGAUGCUGGCAUUUGGCAUGCACCAGGAGGUUUUCUUGGUUUGAGGAGAUGAAGCCUCAGAUUCGACUCAUUACCAUACACAUUCUGUCGUAAUAUCUGCCCUUUGAAGCUUCAUGUACCUUGAUAUUGGCAGGGUAAUGGCUUUUUUUGUACUUGACGUUUAGACUUUCAUUCAAUAGCACGGACCCGUUUCUAUUCAAA